AUGGAUUGGCCCGCUACAGAAUCUACUCCCAACUUCACCACUCCCAACUUCACCACUCCCAACUUCACUACUCCCAACUUCACCACAGAUGGGCCUACCACCACAGUAUAUACUCCCAACUUCACCAUUCCCAACUUCACUUCUACAACAGAUUGGCCUGCUACAGAAUCUACUCCCAACUUCACCACUCCCAACUUCACCACUCCCAACUUCACCACUCCCAACUUCACUACUCCCAACUUCACCACAGAUGGGCCUACCACCACAGUAUAUACUCCCAACUUCACCACUCCCAACUUCACCACUACAACAGAUGGGCCGGUAUCUACUACCACCGUCACACCUGCCACAACAAGCCAAGCUCCCCUGAUAUGUGUCAAUGGAGAGCUGCAAAAUGGAGUCUGCAUUUGCCCAGAUGAGUGGACUGGUGACACUUGUGACAUUGCUAACUUCUGUGAUGAGACUUCGUUGGGUGGUUUGACUUUCCCCAAAACUGUCAUUGGUUGGUAUGCAUAUUCCACACAGAAAUGUCCAGAAGAUACAGAAAAUGCUGGUGUUUCUCAAGCCUCGAGUAGAUGUGUGAAACGAAACGGCAACCCAAUGUUUGGCCCUGUGCAGAGAGUUAGGUGUGGUUUAACCCUUGACAAUAUUCAAGCCAAUAUUACAGCGUCAACUGAUCCUGAAGAGAUACAAGAGCUGGCAACCAACACACAAAUUCUCACGUCCAGGCCAGAUCAGCUGACGGGCUCCAACAUCACUGCAGCAGCAUCCAUAGUAAACACCAUCCUGACCGACAGCACCAACAUCACAGAGGACACAACCGUGGCUGUUGUGACAACAGUUAGUCAGUUGCUAACGGUUGAACCUGAACAAUUUACUGAAGAAAACGAUGCUACUAUAAGCGUUGGUUUCGUGCUCUAUGAGAACGACUUGUUCUUCAGGUCCAGAGCCUUCCGGCCUUCCCUGAAGAUGAGGAGGAUGGUGAUCUCUGGAAGUCUAGGAGGAGUCACAGCUGAACAUGUCAAGCUGCACUUCCUACCCAUGAACACGUCUGAUAAGGUCCUGCAUGAUUUUGCGUGCGUCUUCUGGAACUACAGCCUCAAUGACUGGAGCACCAAGGGCUGCUUCAAAACCAAGACGCCCGCUAACGUUUCCACCCUCCAGUGUCAGUGCAACCACACCACCAACUUUGCUGUGCUCAUGUCUUUCAGGCUCUCUCAUCAGUAUGCUAAGGCACUGAGUGCUAUCAGCACAGUGGGCUGCUCUUUGUCUAUACUGGGCCUGUUAUUGACCAUAAUAUUCCAGAUCGUCACCAGGAAAUCCAGGAAGAUUGCUCCAACGACUCUCCUGGUUAGCAUCUGUGUUUCAAUGAUGAUAUUCUACCUCCUCUUCCUGUUUGGAAUUGAGAAUCCCAAUCAGAAUAUCUCUCAGAGUUCCGAAGUGUCAGAGGGGAACACGCUGCUGACCACUGACCUGUACCAGGAGCCUGACAGGGGCCCCUGCACUGCCCUCACUGCCGUGAUGCAGUACUUCCUGCUGGCCACGUUCACCUGGAACACCCUCUACGCACUGCACAUAUUCGUACUCAUCAGGGAGACACUCUCGGGUUCACCGACUGGAUUCCUGGCAGCAUCCAUUGUGGCCGGCUGGGGUUUUCCCGGCGUGUUGGUUGCCAUCACAGUUGGGGCGACCUACAGAGUGGACAGCCCCUUGGGAUAUAGGCGGGAAGAGUUCUGUUGGCUUGCAGCCACUACCCAGUCUGGACAGUUUGACUUUGCAAAGCCCAUGUUUUGGGGUUUUCUGCUUCCAGUCACCAUAAUGCUGCUAUGCAAUACUGCUGUGUUGAUAUACUUUGGAGUAAACACUUGCAAGAAGGAUCCUAUUUUAAGCAGCACACGGAACACCUCACUGAAGAAAUUGUUUAUGAGCAACUUCUCUCUGGGAGCUGUGCUGGGCAUCACCUGGGUACUGGGCUACUUAGUACUCUCCACCACUGACCCCACUCUCGGAAACAUCUUCAGCAUAUUGUUCUGUGUGUGCAACACCACGCAGGGUGUACAGAUCUUCAUUUUAUUCACGGUGAGGACGGCUGACUUCAGGAGGAUGUUCCAGUCUGUCACACAAUCAGCUCUCGACAUAUCGCUGCACAAGCAAGUGUACGAACUGUGGAAGGCAAGGCCCAAGGGUCGCUCGGAAAACUCAUCGAGUGCUAAUUACCAGUCAGAUGGACACUUCGCAAAUAGCAAAACAUCAUUCAGGCUUUAGGACCCUGUCCAGGGAUGGACUGGCAACCUUGUAUACAUGGACUUUCCCCAGUGGACCGACAGUCCUCUGGAGUUGAUGGUGUUUUUUUGUUUGUUUGUUUAUUAGCUUCUCAGAGGCUGGGGUUCGUAUCUCGAAAGCGUCUUUGCUAACGACGGUAGCAAUGUCCUUCGUAAGAGCGACUCAACUCUCUCUCGACAGCGACGCUCACCACUAAAUCCAAGGGAAUGGUAAGAAGGUCUUAAGACUGUCUUAAGACGGUUAGCAACGACAAGAAUCGAGAAACAGACCCCUGGCCCCUAAUUGAGGUGGGCUGUUUACAUGUUUGUUUCUCUGCACCCACUGGUUGCCAAUUUCGCAGGCAAACGGUUUCAUGACCUCUUCCUACUAUUUCUUAAAUACCUUUACCUUUUCUUUCCUUUAGAGGUGCAUUUGCAUGUUUAUCAUGCAAGUUAUAAUUUUAUUUUGAUUUCCUUUUUUGGUUUACUUACGUGUUUAUUUUCUUACUGAUUUGCUAUGUUUUGCUUCUCUUUAUUUUGGUGGUUAUAUUUGUGGGCUGUGAACUUUGUUCCACCGUCCCCUGUAACCACACCUUAGCGACUGUGAGUGUGCUGUGUGUGUGUGUGUGUGUGUGUGUGUGUGUGUGUGUGUGUGUGUGUGUGUGUGUGUGUGUGUGUGUGUGUGUGUGUGUGUGUGUGUGUGAGUGAAUGUGAACGUGAGGGAGUGUGUUUUAA